UGUUAUUGAGACCUCUAAAAAUCUCUCUGCCUAUAGCUUUAUUUCUCCAUACCAAAUGGCAAACAUAGAAGAAAAAGUUCAUUCAGAUUAUACUGAAGAUGGCACUGUUGAUCUCAAAGGUCAACCUGUCUUAAGAUCAAACACUGGGAGAUGGAAAGCUUGUUCCUUCAUAGUUGGGUAUGAAAUAUUUGAGAGAAUGGCGUAUUAUGGAAUAGCAUCAAAUUUGGUGUUGUAUUUGACAAAGAAGCUGCAUGAAGGGACUGUAAAAUCAGCAAAUAACGUUACAAAUUGGGGUGGAACUGUUUGGAUGCUCCCCAUUUUUGGUGCUUAUAUUGCUGAUGCUCAUCUCGGUCGCUUUCGCACUUUUCUCGUUGCUUCUGCCAUUUAUCUCUUGGGAAUGUCUCUCCUAACCCUAGCAGUUUCAUUACAUGCACUAAGACCUCCACCAUGCCCUAAUGGCAUCACCGAAGAGCUAUGCAGCAAGAAAACCUCCUACACUUUACCAAAGAUCGUCUUCUACGGUGCACUAUACACAAUAGCACUCGGCACAGGUGGAACCAAACCCAACAUUUCCACAAUGGGAGCAGACCAAUUCGAUGACUUUGAACCCAAGGAAAGGACCCAAAAGCUCUCGUUCUUUAACUGGUGGAUGUUCAGCAUUUUCUUUGGCACCCUUUUUUCAAACACAUUCUUGAUUUACAUUCAAGAUAAUGUUGGUUGGAGCUUAGGGUAUGCUCUUCCUACUGCUGGCCUCGCAAUUUCCAUAAUCGUGUUCUUGAUUGGUUCACCGUUUUAUAGGCAUAAGGUUCCUUCUGGUAGUCCUUUUACUAAGAUAGCUCAGGUUUUGGUUGCUGCUGUGAGUAAUUGGAAGGUUCCUGUUCCUAAUGAUCCUAAGGAGCUUCAUGAAGUUUGUAUAGAGGAGUAUUCAAGAUCUAAUAAGUUUAGAAUUGAUCACACCCCUUCUUUACGGUUCCUUGACAAAGCAGCUGUACUAAAGGGUGGAUCAAGUUCAACAACACCUUGGAAGUUAUGUCCAGUGACCCAAGUUGAAGAAACCAAACAAAUGAUGAAAAUGCUUCCAAUUUUACUAACCACAAUCAUACCAAGCGCAGUCAUGGCUCAAGGAUCCACAUUAUUCAUCAAACAAGGCACCACCUUAGACAGAACCAUGGGACCUAAUUUCCAAAUCCCACCAGCCUGUCUAACCGCAUUCGUCACACUCUUCAUGCUCAUCACCAUAGUCGUAUACGACCGCUACUUCGUUCCAUUCGCCGGACGCUACACCAAGAACCCUAGAGGUAUCACAUUGCUACAAAGACUUGGAAUAGGCUUAAUCUUGCACAUCAUCAUUAUGGCCGUAGCAUUUGUCGCUGAAAGAAAGAGACUAAGCGUCGCUAAAGAACGUAAUCUUUUCGGUAAAAAUGAUAUAAUUCCUGUCAGUAUUUUCAUUCUUCUUCCUCAGUUUGGAUUGAUGGGUGUUGCUGAUACUUUUGUUGAAGUUGCGAAGUUGGAGUUUUUCUAUGAUCAAGCCCCAGAAGGAAUGAAAAGUUUAGGGACUUCAUAUUUUACUAGCAGCUUGGGAAUUGGUAGUUUCUUGAGUAGUUUUCUACUGAAAAUAAUUUCUGAUAUUAGUAACAAGUAUGGUUCAAGAGGAUGGAUUCUGGAUAAUCUAAAUUUGUCUCGGUUAGAUUACUAUUAUGCAUUCUUGGGAAUCUUGAGUCUAGUCAAUUUUCUUGCUUAUUUGAUUGUUUCUAAUUUGUUUGUUUAUAAUGUUGAUCAAGAAUCUAAAAGAGAAGCAAUUGAAAGCUCGCCGACCGAAAGUUAGACAAGAGAUCCAUGAAGGUCAUGUAUAUAUAAAAGUUGAUGGAAACAAGUGAAAAAAAUUUAGAUUACAAGUUUUUUAUUUUUGGGUUAGAGUUUUUUUCGGAUAUUGAAUAUAGUAUAUUUACAUGUUCAAUUUA